AUGAGAGGACAGUCAUUCCCCGCACACCCGCCCCCGCCUCUAGAUAAUAAUAGUAAUAUAUACGAGGUUCACGACCGUCACCAUGACAGUCGUUCUCCAUCUUUUCCUUUACGAAUACAGUUAUAUUUUAUUCGUCGUGUCUUAUCCUGUUUUGUCAUUCAUUUACCCACUCUAUUUUGUCUCUCUUUCUCUUUUGUACCACUCCCUCUCUAUCUCUUUCUCUCUCUUUUGCCUUUCUCUUUCUCUCUCACUUUUGCUUCUCUCUUUUCCCACCCCCUCUCUCUUUCUCAUUUGUACCACUCCCUCUCUAUCUCUUUCUCUCUCUUUUGCCUUUCUCUUUCUCUCUCUCUUUUGCUUCUCUCUUUUCCCACCCCUCUCUCUUUCUCUUUUGUACCACUCCCUCUCUAUCUCUUUCUCUCUUUUUUGCCUUUCUCUCUCUCUCUUUUUGAUUCUCUCUUUUCCCCCCCUCUCUCUUUCUCUUUUUACCACCGCCUCUCUAUCUCUUUUUCUCUCUUUUUGCCUUUUCUUUUUCUCUCUCUUUUUGCUUCUCUCUUUUCCCACCCUCUCUCUCUUUCUUUCUCUUUUGUACCACUCCCUCUCUCCCUCUUUCCUGUCUCUCUAUCUCUUACUCUCACUUUCGCCUUUCUCUCUGUUCUCUUCUCUCUUGCUUUUCCCUCUUUUGCCUCUCUCUUUCGCUUCUCUUCUCUCUCUUGCUUCUCUCUUUUCCUACCCUCUCUCUCUCUUGUUUCUCUCAUUUCCCACGCUCUCUCUCUCUCUCUCUCUCUCUCUCUUCCCGUUCUCGCAAUCUUUUUUUCUUUUGCUUCUCUAUUACUUUCUAUCUUUUACCUCCCCCCUCUCCCCCCACACACACAUACAGAGACUUUCUCUUCAGAUAUAAGCGUCGCCUCAAGCGAAGAAUUGUCAUCGUCGAUGUUUAGAACCAAUGUUACCAUUUUUUUCUUCUUUUGUUUGUUUGCGACGCAAAGACAGAUCGGAAAUUCGGAUAUAAAAUCAUAUUUUCCUAUUCCUUUUUUCAAGAUCCGGAAACAUCAAAUUUUCGCCUCCAAAAAGAAGAAUAUAGAAAACUAUCCGUUCGUUACUUCGUUCCUAUCUAUCUAUCUAUCUAUCUAUCUAUGUGAUUUCAUAUCUAUCUAUCUAUCUAUCUAUCUAUGUGAUUUCAUAUCUAUCUAUGUGAUUUCAUAUCUAUGUAAUUUCAUAUCUAUCUAUCUAUCUAUCUAUCUAUCUAUCUAUCUAUCUAUCUAUCUAUCUACAUGUCUAUGUGAUUUCACAUCUAUCUAUCUAUCUAUGUGA